GGAAAUUUUGAGUUGGACAAGAUCGGACAGUUCAAGUGCACUGAUGCCGAUCGUCUGAGUAGAGGUCCUUCCGAAGUAGGCUCGGCAUACAGAGCAGUCUCUGGAGAGCUUGUCAUCGGAAGGUCUAGUCUCCUAGAUCAGAAGUUUCACAGCGAGAAGAUGUCAACGAUGAAAAUGGACACAUUUUGUAACAAAUUCCAAGCGAAUAUCUUCAGUAAAAGCAAAUGUCAAAAUUGCUUUAAACCCCGUGAACUACACCUGAGAGCCAAUGAAGAUUUGAUUCAGGCCAAGCCUAUUUAUGGAGGUUGGCUAUGUCUUGCUCCAGAAGGUACUGACUUUGGCAAGCCAGCACAACGAUCAAGGAAAUGGCAACGCAGAUUCUUCAUUCUCUAUGAACAUGGCAGUCUGCAUUUCGCUCUGGAUGACUCGCCAAGCACUCUUCCCCAAGGGACAGUAAAUAUGAACCUGUGCACAGACGUGGUUGAUGCAGAGAUGAAGACAGGGCAGAGGAAUGCACUGUGCAUCGUCACCCCUGACCAGGACUUCUACAUCCGUGGGGAAAACAAGGACAUCAUCAAUGGAUGGAAUGAGCAGCUAGUGGUCUACCCCACUACUAACAAGCACAACCGCAAGAAGACCACAAGCAAAGAGAGGCCCUCUGUAGCCACACAGGGCCCUGAGAGUGUGACGCCGCCGGGGGUCACCUGUGGGGUCGCAGCAGACUCCGCCCAGGAGGAGGACAGGAGCCCCAAGGGUGACUCUGCUUCAGGAGAUAAAGUGACCACAGUCGAUCCAGCUAGCCACAGAAAUGUUCACCCAGCAACGGACAGUGCUCUUCAUGCUAAGGCUGGAGAUGCCGUCAGCCUGCUGGACUCCGAGGUGGACGCAAACACGCAGGCCGGUAGUGGGCAGAGGAGACCGGAGGAGCCAGAGGAGGCAGAGUCAGAGAGGAGUGAGGUAUGGCGAGCUGGAGCAGAGGUGCAGGUAGAGGGUCCGAUCAGCAGCAGCAGCAGCAGUGAGCAGGCCAGGACCGGGCGACCGCCGCAGCCCACACAGAAACCGAAGGGUCCUGCUGUAUCCCCUCCCCCCCGCUCACCCAAGAGAAGAGAGCGGUCACCUGACAACAGGACUUCUGAGUCAGUGAUGACGCCUGAUCUGCUGAACUUUAAGAAAGGCUGGCUCAUGAUUUUGGAGGAGCAGAAUCAGUGGAAAAAGAACUGGUUUGUGCUGUCCACUCACAAACUGCGUUAUUACAAGGACUCUGUAGCAGAGGAGGCGUCGGAGCUGGUGGGAGAGAUAGACCUCACAACCUGCCAUCAAGUGACUGAGCAUCAAAUCCAGAGGAACUAUGGCUUUCAGAUUCACACACAGACGCAAGUGCACACGCUGGCAGCCAUGACUGCAGGCAUACGCCGGAACUGGAUCCAAGCCCUUGCCAAAAACGUUCGGCCGUCCAACGCACCAGACAUCACAAAUCUCUCCGAUGACCUUUGCCCUUUCGGCUCGUCAGCGGGACCUCUGCCUGAGCCGGACCUGACCCGCGACUCGCUUUCCCCAGAGGUGUCGUCGAAGAUGAGGCGCGGCGGCAAGAACCGCUGCGGUCAGAAGCGUCGCGAGGGGGCCCACGGCAAGCCCGGCGGCAGAGCCUCGCUCCGGCUCGCCCGCCACAGUCCGCCCGCGGGCACCCACGGCGGCGGGCAGGAGCAGAAGGUGGAGGUGUGGUCCGUGGAGAGGCGGCGGCGGAGGCGCGAGGAACGCAGGAAGCGCUACGAGAGCGUCAUGGGCUCCGUGUUCAAGUCUGCUUGCCAGGAGGAGGUCGUCCGGAACGGCGUGGUCAGGGGUGCGGGCACGGGCGUGCCGUGUGUCCGCCAGAGCUCCCCGGAGCACCAGCAGCAGAGGGCACAGGAGAUCGAGGAGCGCUGGCUGGAGGUGGAGAAGGCGGGCAUUCGGGAGGAGAGGAAGGUGCCGCUCUACCCCGACACCCAGGCCAGGGACGUCGGCGAGCUGGAGAAACUGUUGAGUAACUACCAGAGAAGGGUGGAGGAGCUGACUGCCCAGCUGACCGAGUCGUCUUGUCAUAGAGAGGAGCCAACACUGGAUCAACAGAUGAGCUCCACUUGGGACUUCCAGCUCGAGAGCACUGAUGUCCAGGAGAGUGAAGAUAUCCCAGUUACAAUGGACUCAAGCUCUUACAGUAGUCAUUUGUCAAGUCUAAGAGAUAAGUAUGAAGAAACUAAAGAACUACUGCGGUUUGAGGAACUACGACGGCAACGUAUGCAGGAGCAGCUGGGCUUUGGCUCCUCCAUUCUAGAUCAGAGCUCACUGGCAUUGGGUGAUGCUCUAACAGAUGACGAACAAGGAAGCAUCACCAGUGAAGCUGGCUGUCCAGAACUGUUGAAACAUCUCAGCUUCACAAGCUUUGAGGAGCUUCACCCUCCGGCUGUGGGACAGGUGAGACCGAGGACAAAUCAAGGUGAGGUAGGAGAGCAGGACCGCUCAGAGGUGGAGGAGAGGCUCGUCCAGGUAGUGGCCUCCCUGACACGUGAAAACGAAGCUCUCAACCAGCGGAGUCAGGAAAUGGUCCACCAGCUGACUGAGGCCGACCGAGAGAUAGAAAGGCUCCGAGCGGAACUCGACGAAAGACAAGACGGCCGACCGCACCUGUCCACGUUGGAGCAGCUGACCGAUGCCAGAGUAGAGUGUCUCGAGAACGAGCUCCGAGAGAAAUGCCUGGAACUGAAGGAGGCCCAAGCCCAACUGGCGGCACAGAACGAGAAACUCAGAGACACUUUGAGACGGCUGCACUUAAGGGAAGCCACACUGGAGGGCCUCGGCUUUCUGGAGCCAAAAGAUCAUCAUUCACGCGCGCCUGUACAAGAGGCCUUACAGGACCUGAUGGAAGACCAGUUGGAUUGCGCUGAACUUUGUGCCAAAGAGGCCCAGGAGGCCCAAGAAGCCCUUACAGCCAUAAUGCCAUGCAGCCAAAGAGAUGAGGUCCUACAGUCGCAGGUGCUGCCGGAGGUACAAAGAGCUCAGAGCAGUGAAAGCGAGUCAGAGGAGAAGGCUGGUAAUGGACACGGUCCAGAGGAGGAUGAUACUCAGCAUCUGGUGGACGAGCUCCAAACAAGGUCUAAAGCACUUGGCAAACUGCUGAGGGCGACCGGAGAGACGGAUUUGCCGGCGCUGCCGCCCCUCGUAUCAGAAAGACAGGAUGUUGACGCAAAUCGGAGCAUUAGCGGCAGGCUCCGUCUGGAGGAGGAGAUCUGGGCGACGCUGAGCCUCCUCAAAGCCAGCCCGGCGAGUUGUGCUGAGGCGGGCGUCUCUGACGGGCUGACGGCUAAGUCGUCCGGGGCCAAACUGGAGGAGAUUAAACUCUACCUCUCCGCACACAAGCAUUUCUCUCCCCCGCCGAUCAAUUCACCGAUCGUUAGCGCAGGUCCUGGUGCCUGCCAGCCUCAGACAAGUGAUGGCUCAGUUCUCCCGGAGUCGCACGUCAGCGGGCCCGCAACAGCUGAGAUAACAGAUGAGAUGUCAGAGCGGCGAGCGGAGAGGAUAUUGAGUUCGUACAGACGGCUUUGUAAUGACGGCCUUUGGAGGGAAUUGAUGGAGAGCGUGAAUCUGAAAACGUCCCUGUUAAACUGCGCUGCCUCCUGCCUUGAUUCCUCUGCAAACACGGAGCUGCGAUCCACAGUUAAAGAUCUGUGCGGUGUGUGGCGUAGGCAGGGUGACCCCGAGCUCCUUCACGCUCACGGCGCCGCCUCCGAGCUCCUCUCCGCUUACAUCGUCAGUCGGCUCGAGGCCGCGCAGGAGAAGUGCGCCCAAACAGAGGUGGGCUCGUGGGGGGGUGAAGAGAGUUGUCAGAACUGUCAGGUGCUAAGACAGAUGAACGAGGAGCUCUGCACCAGACUCUCAGAUAUAGAGAACCAGAGGUCUGGAGGUCAUUUCCUCAACCAGAAAUGCCCCGUGGACUCCAGAUGCUCAGAUGGUGCUCAUGUGGACGUUGUGGGCCAGGAUGGGAUGGAGAACCCUGCCCGUGACUGCAGCACUGGCCAGGUCAAAACAGAAAGGCCCACAGACCUGAGAGCAGAUGCUGUUUCAAUUAAGGGAGAGGAAGAGAAAGGUUACCUGACUGAAGUUCCAGACUCCGAAUCCCAGAGGGAGGAUGAGGCUGUGAAGGGAGCACCUGAGCCUGAGUUAGUGCGGCCCACGAGCGGAGACCUGGCUGAACCCAGCAGGGAUGAGUGUGAUGGAAGCAUGUCUGCUCUUCAGGAGCAACACAGGAGAGACUUGGAAACUCUACAGGCCAUGUGUGAGCGGGGCUUUGAGGCCAUGGAGGAGGCCCACCACAGGGCCCUGGCUGAGCUGCGUCUCCAGCACCAGCGAGAGCUGGAGCAGCUCCAGCAGGACAAGGAACAGCUACUGGAGGAGGAGGCAGCCGCCACUCUGGCAGCGAUUGAGGCCGUGAAGAGGGUCCACCAGGAGGAACUGGAAAAGGUUCUUCAGGGUAGACAUCUAGAGAACGGAGCCGCAGUCAAUGCAGAUGUGGAAGAGAUACUAAAGAGACAUAGUGAGGAGCUGUGCUCUACCCAGCGGGAGCUGGACGUGUUGUCCCAGCAGUACUCUCUGAAGUGUCUGGAGAGCGCCCACCUGGCACAGGCUCUGGAGGCCGAGCACCACGCCCUGCAGCAAUGCCAACGCCGGUACCAGGAGAUUAGCGCCCGCCACCAGGAGUUGAGUGGUGGUCUUGCCAGAGAGAAUAUUUUACCAUCGUCACUCUCCAAAGAAGAUCCCAUCCUACAAGAGAAGAUUCUUUAUGAAUUACAUAUCGGCAUGCGCGUGAAGAGAGCCGAGGUGGACUGCCUGAAGCAGGAGAUCUGCUCCCUGAAGGAGGAGCUGCAGAUGACCCAGAGAGAUAAGAGGUUUGCCACUGAGAAGUGCACAGACAUGCACAAAGAGCUCAGCAGCACCAGGGUCAGGGCCCAGCGCGACGUUGAGGAGCUGAGGGAGCACCUGAGGCUGGUGUACAAGGCCCUGGAGGCCUCUUCAAUGGAGGAGCAGCUGGAUGCAGGGGGAAAUGACUGAACACUUUGUGCCCUCGAGUAUAGACAGAGAGAGAGAGACCAGGAGGGAUGGAGAGAGUUUUCACUGACUCAGACUCACCCCGCCAAAUGUGUAGCACUUAACAUGGUGUCCUUUCAUGAGUCUGUGGUCUCUUCUCAGAGCUGCACAUGAAUUUUUGAUGACCUUGUGGCAGCAGGAAGCAUGAUAAUGAGGUCAUUUUUUUUUUUUAAAUGAACGGAACCUGGGAACCCACCAGAGAACCACUCACUCACAUGUUUCUUUAAUUAGGCUAGCUGUCUUAUUUGUCUUCUUUUGCCAGAAUUUGAAAAUGGGUCUGAAUUGAUAACAUUCCAAGUGCAACAACUGUUGACUGACUAUUUUAAUGAGUGUUUUAUGUUUCUCUCAGAUAAAUUGAGACCAUACUACAUUGUACAGUUAGAACCACUGUAAUCGUUUGUGGACUGUAUAUAAUGUAUGUUAAUGUAAUAAAUGAUAGAAAGUAUUUCUCAUAACAGGUUCAUAUCAGUAUUUCUCUGUGAGCAAGCAUGUCUACAGUACAUGUACUUCGUGUAGGCUAUGUUAAUGGUGUUUUCAUGCCAUUUCAUGUGGAAAUAGUACAUAGGCCAGGGGUUAAAUUGGGAUUGGUUAUGUGGGGGGGCUCUGCCUCGUACCCGCCUCCGGCCUGCCCAAAUAUACUUUUUGUAAAAGUAUACUUAAAUGGGCGAAUGUUUAGUGUCUCAGCUCAUGUAGACAUGUACAUUGUGACAUUUGACAUUUUCAACUUAAUGAUCAAGCAGUUUUGUGUAGCCUACAUGACAAUCAAGAGUUCAAGUUCAAGUUUAUUGUCCUGUACUCAUAAAAAGAAUUUAUAAGUAAUGAAAUUCCUUGUGCUCAAGUGUCCCUUCAACUAGAAAUACAUUUAUAA